AUGAUGAUGAUGAAAAAGUUUUCCCUCUCUUACUAUAUCAAGAACACCGGCUGCAACUUGGAGGGUCUCUUCGCUACUCUCGGCGGUGAGAUUGCACUCUGGUCUCUGGUUGUCUUGGCUGUGGAGAGAUGGGUGGUUGUCUGCAAGCCCUUCACCAAAUUUCGCUUCACGCAACUCCACGCCACUUUUGGUGUCGCUAUUUCUUGGACAAUGGCCUGUUCGUGUGCCUUACCGCCUCUCCUCGGAUGGUCCCGCUACAUCCCCGAGGGCCUGCAGUGUUCGUGUGGAGUGGACUAUUACAAGUUGAAUCCUGAGACUGAGAACAAGUCUUUUGUUAUCUACAUGUUCGUCGUGCACUUCUCAAUUCCUCUCACCAUCAUUUCUUUCUGCUACGGCCAACUGCUUUGCACCGUCAAGGUCGCAGCCGCCCAGCAGCAAGAAUCGGAAACUACUCAGAGGGCCGAGCGAGAAGUUACUCGAAUGGUAAUCCUCAUGAUCAUCGCUUUCCUGAUAUGUUGGCUCCCCUAUGCCAGCGUCACCUGGUAUAUCUUCACCCACCAGGUAAGUCAGUUCAGCCCCAUUUUUAUGACCAUCCUGGCAUUUUUCGCCAAGAGCUCGGCACUCUAUAACCCACUCAUUUACGUCUUCAUGAAUAAGCAGUUCUGUCACUCCAUGAUGUUAAUACUGUGCUGUGGAAAAGAUCCCUUCCAGGAUGAGGAGGAAGGAAGUUCUACCUCGAAGUCCAAGACAGAGACCUCAUCUGUCUCCAGCUCUGAAUCUUCUGCCUGA